AUGAGCUACCUAAAAUGGUCGUUUCAGGUGUUUGCUCUGGCCGGAGUCGAAUUUGAAGACGUUCGGGUAACGAAGGAGCAAUGGCCUGAAUUGAAACCUAGGAUGCCGUUCGGACAAAUGCCAGUGCUUGAAGUUGACGGCGAACAAAUUCCGCAAUCAUUAGCCAUCACGCGCUACUUGGCUCGAAAAUACGGAUUUGCCGGCAAAACACCGUAUGAGGAGGCGAUCGUCGACGCUCUAGCUGACCAAUACAAGGAUUUCAACGUGGAGAUCAAAAGCUACUACUAUCCGGCUAUGGGACUUGCAGAAGGGGACGUCGUAUGUGCUUUUACACUCCCUUUCUUCAGCUCCUUGUUGAAUGUAUAG